AUUCAAUCAUCCUUCUACUCAAACCUCCAAAUAAAAAACCAUUAAAAUAAGUUAAAAGAACACCAAAACAAAAUGAACGUAACAACAAAAACCAAGCUAAUUAAAAUAUUAAUACCAACUUCAAUAACCUUCAUCAUAAUUUUACUUAUACCAAAACCCACAUUCGAAACCUCUACAAAAUCUCACCAUAUCCAUACCCAAAACCAUCUCCAAUUAGCAGAAUCCCAUUGUGAUGGCACACUUUACCCUGACCUUUGCAUCUCCACCAUCUCCUCCAUUCCCCAUUUUCACAAAAAAUCCCUAACUGAAAUCUUGCAAGACAUCAUCCGAGUCACCGAAGCCGAAGUUCGGGCUUCUGAACACAAUGUAUCCGAUAUUGAAUCCGGAAACCGGCAUAGUUUGACCCGUUUACAACAUUAUGCUGUUAAAGAUUGCUUGGAGCUUUUGGGUGAUACUAUAGAUGAGCUUGAAACUGUUCUUGAUGAUUUAGCGGGUCAGUGUGGCCCGACCCGUAAUUUCACCGACAUUGGUACUUAUUUGAGUGCAGCCAUGACAAAUCAGUAUACCUGUCUUGAAGGGUUUGCGGGCGGGUCGAGUCGGACUUUAAGGAAGUUUAUCCAAAAUGGGUUGUUUCACAUUUCCCAACAUGUUAGCAACUCAUUAGCAAUUUUAAAGAAAAUAAGUGGGACCAACCAUUGUAAAAAUAAAAAUCAUGGGAGUUUAUCAAAUAAUGAUGAUGAUUUAGAAGAUGUAAAUGGAUUGGAUCGGGUCGGGUUUCCGGGUUGGAUGAAGAGGAAGGAUAGGCGGCUGUUACAAUCAGCGCCCCCAUCGGCAGCCGGGAAUGGGAGUAGUAUUCCGGUGGAUUUAGUGGUGGCGAAAGACGGGUCGGGUAAUUUUAGUAGUAUCGAAGAGGCAGUGUCGGCAGCUCCGAAUAGGAGUCGGACCCGGUUUGUGAUAUACAUAAAAAGUGGAGUUUAUUUUGAGAAUGUGGAAGUGGAAAGGCUGAAAAGUAAUAUUAUGUUUUUAGGAGAUGGAAUUGGGAAGACUAUUAUUAAGGCUAAUAGGAAUGUUGUUGAUGGGUAUACUACUUUCAGGUCUGCUACUCUUGCUGUUGUAGGACCUGGGUUCAUAGCCAAAGGCAUAACAGUAGAAAACACGGCAGGCCCAACAAAACACCAAGCAGUAGCUCUACGAAGCAAUUCAGAUCUUUCCGCCUUCUAUCAAUGCAGCUUUCUCGGCUACCAAGACACAUUAUACCCCCAUUCCUUGCGCCAAUUUUAUAGAGAAUGUGACAUUUACGGCACAAUAGACUUCGUAUUUGGUAACGCAGCUGUUGUAUUGCAAAACUGUAACUUGUAUGCUCGAGAGCCUCUUCCGAGACAAAAAAACAUCUACACAGCUCAAGGCCGAGAAGAUCCUAAUCAAAAUACCGGAAUCUCCAUCUUGAACUGCAAAGUUACGGCUGCAGCUGAUCUUGCGGCUAACAAAACUGCUUACAAAACGUACCUUGGAAGGCCGUGGAAGGAGUAUUCCAGAACGGUUUUUAUGCUGUCAAAUAUUGAUGAUGUUGUUGAUCCUGCCGGUUGGUUAGAAUGGGACGGCGAUUUUGCAUUAAACACAUUGUUUUAUGGGGAAUACAUGAACCGAGGUCCUGGAUCUAACACGAGUGCUCGUGUUUCUUGGCCAGGUUAUAGAGUUAUAACCAACGCUAGCGAUGCAAGUAAAUUUACUGUUGAGAAUUUGAUUUCUGGUGGCGAAUGGCUUCCGUCUUAUGGCAUUCCUUAUUAUCCCAAUUUGACUGAGAAUUGAUGAAGUUAUAGUAUAUAUAUAGUCCUAUAUGGGAUUGUUUCAAGUCUCAAAGCUCUUAAACUAUAGAAUAAUUGUCUACUACACAUCGAUUAUGUUUAUGAUCAUAAGAUUUUAUAUUUUAUUAUAGUAUGGACCUUGUGUGGCUUGUGGGCCGACCCAUUGCAGCGCCAUCUAAAGCGCAAAGUAACAAAUGUACUUGUACACGUUAUAAUCGUACAUGUUAUGAAAAAUUAUAAUUAUAUAUAUAUAA